CUGAGCUGGAACACGGAUUUUGAGAGACGUGUGACUGCCCCUGCAGCCAGGGCUAGAGGACGCAUAGUGAUCGGGUUCCAGCGGAGAGAGAACGGCAAACCUGGACUCUUGAGCGGCGGGUCUGGCUGAUACCCAGAAACUCUCCACACCUCGGAGCUGGGAGGACCAGAAGCUGGAGUAUCUCUCGGGAUACAGUCAAGAGAAAAGUCUCCAAAACAGAGUGCCUGGAGCAAGGGAUGGCCCUGGCCUUGAUCCACCCUAGCAAGCGUGCAUACUCUUUGGCUCCCCUGAAUCUGAAGGAGGAGCUUCAGGGAUUCAGAGUUCAAGGGGACAGAAAAGGCGUUGGGCAGGAGCCAUUGUGCAAACAGUUCAGGCAGCUGCGCUAUGAGGAGAGCACGGGACCUCGAGAGGUUUUACGCCGACUCAGGGAGCUCUGCAGACAGUGGCUGCGGCCUGAGACCCACAGCAAGGAGCAGAUCCUGGAGCUGCUGGUACUGGAGCAGUUCUUGACCAUCCUGCCAAGAGACCUGCAGGUCCAGGUGCUCGAGCACCACCCAGAGACUGGGGAGGAACUGGUGGGAAUACUGGAAGAUUUGCAGCUGGACCGUGGAAAAGCGGGAGAGCAGAAGGACUCAGUCCAAAGAACCAGGCCGACUGUGCUGGUGGGAGAGCCAGCCCCUUACAGAGAAGCCCAGGAGCAGCCUGGGUAUGCGCUUCAGAAGCCUGAGGAGAGAGGUAAAGAGACAAGGAAUGAGAAUGGGAAGCUCGUUGCAGGGACAGACUCUUGUGGAAGAGUGGAAUCAUCUUUUACAAUGUCUGAGCCCAGCGAGGUCCAGUGUGAGGACCUGAGUGUGAAAAAGUAUAUACCCUUGACCAAGGUAAAUACUAGCAGCCCAUGCUGGGAAACUCAGGAGAGCCUUGUUCAGAACUCCGGCCUGAUUGACUAUGACAGGGCAUAUACAGGAGAAAGGUCCUAUGAAUCUGUAGUGUAUCAGAGUUCUGUUGCGACUGAACAUCAGGAAAUCUCUAAAGAGAAAGGUCACUCCUGCCAAGAGUGUGGGAAAGUCUUUCAGAGAAGUUCACACCUCAUCAGACAUCAGAAAAUCCAUCUUGGUGAGAAGCCUUACCAGUGCAAAGAGUGUGGAAAAGUCUUUAGCCAGAAUGCAGGUCUUUUGGAGCAUCUCAGGAUCCAUACUGGAGAAAAACCCUAUCUGUGUAUCCAUUGCGGAAAGAACUUCAGGCGAAGCUCUCAUCUUAAUCGACACCAAAAAAUUCACAGUCAGGAUGAGCCCCGAGAAUGCAAGGACUGUGGGAAAACCUUUAGUCGGGCCCUUUUCCUCACCCACCACCAGAGAGUCCAUGGUCGUUCCAAAAGACAUCACUGUAAUGAUUGUGGGAAAGCCUUCCGUUUGACCUCCGACCUUAUUCGACAUCAUAGAAUUCACACUGGAGAAAAACCUUUCAAAUGUAAUGUGUGUCAGAAAGCUUUCCGUCUAAAUUCACACUUAGAUCAGCAUGUCAGAAUCCACAAUGAAGAAAAACCCUACAAGUGUACUGCAUGCAAUGAAGCCUUCAGGCAGAAGUCUGGUCUCUUUCAGCAUCAGAGACAUCACCAUAAAAACAAACUGGCUUGAUGAGGUUCUCUGAAACAUUGAAAUGUUACGUUGAUAAGCAAACACCGCCUUUUAAAAGAAGUCACCACAGCUUCGGUAUUCGUGGAAGCCAUUUGCCUCCUUUGUUUCCUGCCCUUGGCUUUACUUAAAGCCAUGACUAUAAUAAUUUUACCCUCAUAGUAGAAUCAAAGUUAAGUAUUCACUACAGAACUUCUCAGAGCUUUUGAUGUGAUUAAGUACAUAAUUAUUUAUCUCUUAAGUAUUAGCUUUAUGUAUGAAUGAAGUCUUUUAAAUCAGCAAGUCAAGUGCCUAUAGAUUUUUACAGAACAAGACCAAGCUGAUAUUUUUGCAAGAACUAUAGCAACAGACUCCUAAAACAUAAAAUUACUGAGGGUUGGAGAGAUGGCUCAGUGGUUAAACCAGAUUGCUAUGCAAGUGUAAGGACUGUUUUGGAUCUCCAGCACCCAUGUAAAGUCAAAUGAGUAUAGUGGCCAGCCUGUGGCCUGUGGUCCUACCCCUCAGGUAGCAAAAAUGGGACCUUUAGAGCAAGCUGGCUAGCCAGACUAGCUAUAUCAGCAAACUUUGGACUCAGGUGAGAGAGUUUGGAAAGCAGUUGGUGGAGUCAUUAAAGAAGACUCCUGAAGAUAAUUUAAGUGCACAUGCAUCCAUACACAUGUAGAGCCAUACAUGCAAACAUCAUGCAUGUGAAAAGACAAAUCCUAAGGAGCUAGAGUCAGCAGUUAACACAUCUGCUCUUGCAGAGGACCCAUCCAUUUUCAGUUCCUAGCACCUCCAUAGCACAGCAGCUCUCAAUUCCAGUUCUGGGAGUCGGAUGCCCUCUUCUGGCCUUCUCAGGCUCCUGUGUACAGUGGGUCACAGGAGCUGGUGGACACACAUAAAACUGGUAAAGUAUUUUUAAACCCAAAAUAAAUCUUAAUAAUGCUUGGAAAUACACAUUCUCAAGGGUCUAACAUUGGUUAACUGAACCUUUUCCCUAUUGAGUUCACACACACACACACACAGGCUUCACUUUACACUUGUACCAUCAAUGAAUGCAUUUCUGAAAGCAAAGAUAGCUUUUGCUGUUUAUAGAACCUACCCUUAGGAUUAGCUCAUGUCAUUUUACAUUUCCUACCCAUUUUAACCACGGUAUCACAGUGUUUCAAAUUAUAAAUCAAAGUUUUAAACUAUGCAAGAGACUUUGAGCCAUUGAAUGAACUGUGUUGAAUUAUUCCAAGCAGCAACUUGGUUACUGGGCAACGACAGUGCCAGUACAGUGACUGCUUAAAAGGACACCUUUUUAAUGAAUGUCCCAUGGGGGAAAAUGGUUUUUCCCCCUUUCAUACCAAUGAUGCAAAUUUAAAUUAUAAUUUAUUUUGAAAUCAUUUUGACCAUUAAAAUCAAAUCAGUUUGGAGAGACCAUGGUCAUCAGGUCAUAUCGACUGUCUUGCUCAUGAUGAAAAGGAGUAAGCGUGGAGUCUUCCCAAGCACAUCACCAGACUGCUAAACACAGCAUAUGGUGCAGGGUGUACUUCUCCAAGAGAAGGGCUUAAAGAUAAGGGACCCAUUACAACGUGGUUUCACUACACUUGGCUUACAAAUAAAUAGCAACUUAGAAAUGCUUAGUUUUCUUGUCUGAUAGAAAAGGAGAGAGUCCAACACAGACCCAUGGUAAAUCUAGUCAGCUUGCUGCCAGUCACAUCUAAGGAGGGGACAGGCCAAGGAUUGCUAGGCCCAAUUCUGACAUUAAUCUUCCCUUUCAUCCCUUUUAGCCAAACUUUUAGCUCUGUACAAAAUAAGACCCUCUUCCUUUGUCAGGAUUUUGGUCUAAGAUAUACUCUAAGCAAAACUGGAGAAAGCUGCGCACGGACUAGCAAAACUGAGAAGAACCUUUUGACCUUUUGCCCAUACUUCGCAUGUGAUAGUUGUGACUUCAGUCAUGGCCUUAAAAACUCAUGGCAUGGACUAUGCUUAGGUCCCCAACACCACCAAAAUAAGUGUUAGCAUGUGACCAAUCUUGAUGUUUAACUCGUGCCCAUGCCAAGACGUGCAUGUAACAGGCAUUUGUGACACUUGUGAUUCCUGAACCUCAGAAGAAAGCACCUGUUUCCGAACAUGCUUUAUGCUUCUGUUGAACAUUCUGUCAUGCAUUGAUUAAUCACGUAUCGCUGCCUGUGAGAAAGCCAUGUCCCUUUUAUGCAUUGAUUAAUCACGUAUCGCUGCCUGUGUGAAAGCCAUGUCCCUUUUAUGCAUUGAUUAAUCAUGUAUCGCUGUCUGUAUGAAAGCCAUGUCCCUUUUAUGCAUUGAUUAAUCAUGUAUCGCUGUCUGUGUGAAAGCCAUGUCCCUUUUCUGGCCUUUCCCUUGACUUCUCUUUUUACUUCUAAACAGCAUGGUUAAAAUUUAGAGAAGUAUCAAAGUUUUAAAUACACAUUACUUUUUGUCAGUUUGUGUGUGUAGUAUUUACCCAAUAAAUAUAUUUAAACCGGCCCAAAAACAUAAUUAUUGAUAGUGUAAAGAGAAUACUUUUCUAUGGAAAUAGUGAUAUUGUCAGUAUUGUAAACAGUCUGUAAAGUGUUAAUAAAGCUUCAAAGUAAUUUUUGAAUAAAAUUAAAGCUUUAAAAAUAAA